UUAAUAUUUAAAUAUUAGGUACUUAUAUUAUUAUAAAUUUUCAGAAAAUGAAUUUGGCGGAUCCAAAUGAUGAUCUUGUUUCAAGUGUAUCGUUAUAUAAGAAAAGAGCCCCGUACCUUUACGGGUUUACCACACCUUUUUUCUUCUUGUACAUAGCUUGGUUGUACAAUUGGUUGGUUGUGUACGGGUACAAUGAGUACGUUGAGAUCGGUACAGUCUGCGGAGUAGUCCUUCUUCUUAUUCAUGUAUUAGUUUUGUUGAGUUGUUAUUGGUCUGUAAGUAUACAAGCUGUCAUGAUGUGCUCCAGUGUACCUGUCACUAGCAAACAAGAUGCUACAUAUGCUAAAGUUACUCCGCUUGAAAAUCACGGGUUCUCUGAGCUUGUCAGAUUGGCUAGAACAGGACCACAUCAAUUAUGGUUCUCCUUCCAGAAAAUUAAAUACGUGUUUGACACAGAGAAGAAGAUAUUCCGAACCAUCCAGUUUCCAGUGGACAUGGAGCUAAAGACGUACAGUGAGUGCAAGGGGUGGAUGGAGGAAGAGGUGCAUGAUAAGACAAUGUUUUAUGGGAAUAACGAGGUAGAGAUGGCAGUUCCAGAGUUUAAGGAACUGUUUCUUGAGAGGGCAACCGCACCAUUCUUCGUAUUCCAGAUCUUCUGUGUUGGAUUAUGGUGCCUGGAUGAGUACUGGUACUACUCUGUGUUCACCCUGAUGAUGCUGGUAAUGUUUGAGUGCACCCUUGUCCAGCAACAGAUCAGAAAUAUGUCGGAGAUCAGGAAGAUGGGAAACAAGCCUUACAUGAUCCAGGUAUAUCGUGGACGAAGAUGGAGACCCUUGCCAACCGAUCAACUGAUUCCUGGCGACAUUAUCUCCAUCAGUAGAUGUUUGAAUGAUAACCUGGUUCCAUGUGAUAUACUUCUACUCCGGGGUCCUUGUAUAGUAGACGAGAGUAUGCUCACAGGGGAGAGUAUUCCUCAGAUGAAGGAGUCCCUGGAGAAUAGUUCCUGGGACGAGGGUAGAUGUCUAGACCUGGACCAGGAUUCAAGAUUACAUGUUCUAUUUGCUGGAACCAGAAUAGUUCAGCAUACUCCUCCGAGUAAGACAGCUGCAGGACUACGAGCUGGAGAUGGAGGAUGUGUUGGAUAUGUUCUUCAGACAGGGUUCAAUACACAACAGGGUAAACUUCUCCGGACAAUCCUGUUCGGAGUGAAGCGGGUGACGGCUAACAACCUUGAAACCUUCUUCUUCAUCCUCUUCCUUCUCAUCUUCGCCAUCGCAGCUGCCAGCUAUGUCUGGAUCUACGGCACAAUGGACCCAACCAGGAAUCGUUACAAGUUGUUCCUUGAGUGUACACUGAUCCUGACUAGUGUAGUACCUCCUGAACUACCUAUAGAGCUCAGCCUUGCAGUCAAUACUAGCCUUCUCUCUCUUUCUAAACUUAAAGUCUACUGUACAGAACCAUUCAGGAUCCCAUUUGCCGGAAAGGUUGAAAUUCUUUGUUUUGACAAGACUGGAACUUUGACUAGUGACGACCUGGUGGUCGAGGGUAUUGCAGGACUACCGCAGGAACCAGGCACUGGUCCACAGGAGAAGAUAGAAUCUAAGUACGGAGUUAUCCCAGUAGACAAAGCUCCUCUUCAGAGUAUUCAGGUUUUGGCGAGUUGUCACAGUUUAGUUCAGCUAGAUGAUGGACUAGUAGGAGAUCCUCUUGAGAAAGCUACCCUGGCGGCUGUAGAUUGGUCUCUAACUAAGGGUGAGGCUGUUAUACCUCGCAAAGGAAAAUAUGGAGGACUGAAGAUCUUCCAGCGUUUUCAUUUUUCAUCCGCGCUCAAGCGCAUGAGCGUGGUUUGUGGUUAUACUGUUCCUGCAACCUCGGACACUAAUUAUAUUGCUACAAUCAAGGGUGCUCCUGAAACCUUGAAGGGUAUGUUUAUCGAUGUACCGGCCGACUACGACAAGAACUACUUGGCUUUAUCAAGGAGGGGAGCCAGGGUUCUAGCUCUAGGUUGGAGGGAUCUAGGCAGGCUCACUCAUCAGGAUAUUAAGGAACUGACAAGAGAAGGUGUAGAGCAGAAGGCGAUAUUUGCUGGGUUUGUGAUAAUCUCCUGUCCGAUGAAACCUGACUCCAAGUCCGUGAUCAAGGAGUUGGUCGGGUCCUCACAUCAGGUUAUGAUGAUUACUGGAGAUAAUCCUUUGACAGCUUGUCAUGUAGCUAAACAGCUCAGAUUCUCAAGAAACUCGACGACUCUUAUCCUUACUAGUGAUGAAGUGGAUGGUUGGGUUUGGAAGAGUGUGGAUGAGAAGGAGACUGUCUCCUUGAAGGGACCCAAGGAGCUCGGCAACCAACAGUGGAAGCAGUUCAUCUCCAGCUAUGAUAUGUGUCUUACAGGUGAGGGACUCACGUACUUAUUGUCUGAGAGAAAAGAACUGGCGCACCGUCUUCUCCCCCACGUCAAGGUGUUCGCUAGGGUCAACCCUAAACAGAAGGAGGUCGUCAUCACUACUCUCAAGUAUCUAGGUUAUUACACGUUGAUGUGUGGAGAUGGAACUAAUGAUGUUGGUGCUCUGAAGCAUGCUCAUGUAGGAGUAGCAAUUCUUUCAUCUAUUCAAACUAAGAAGAAGAAAGAGGAAAAGGAUGAGGAGAGGGAGGUAGAUAAGUUUGACAAACUGAAGAAAGAAGGAAAAGGGAAAAGGACGGAUGUAAAGAAACCUGAUCCAAGAGAUAGGAUGAAUGCACGACAAGCUCAGCUGCAGAAGAUGAUGCAGGAACUUCAGGAAGCUGAGGAUAUGCAGGUCGUGAAGCUAGGCGACGCUAGUAUCGCUGCUCCGUUCACCUCCAAGCACUCGAGUAUAGUUUCAAUUAAUCACGUGAUCAAACAGGGCCGUUGUACCCUGGUCACUACUCUACAGAUGUUUAAGAUUUUGGCUUUGAAUGCCCUUAUUUUGGCAUACAGUCAGUCAGUUUUGUACCUGGAGGGAGUUAAAUUCUCUGACGGUCAAGCAACUUUCCAAGGUCUUCUCCUAGCAGCCUGCUUUCUCUUCAUCUCAAGAUCAAAGCCCCUGACAACCCUGUCUAAAUCCCGUCCCCUGCCCAACAUAUUCAACGUGUACACCAUCCUCACUGUGAUAUCUCAGUUCGCCGUUCAUCUCAGCUCCAUGAUUUUCCUCGUACAGCAGGCCUACCUGCUGGAGCCCAGGGAGGAGUUCCCGGACCUGGAGAAGGAGUUUGCUCCGAACCUUCUCAACAGCACAGUCUACAUCAUCUCUAUGUUUCUCCAGGUGCUAACCUUUGCCAUUAACUACCGUGGACACCCGUUCAUGGAAUCCUUAACAGAAAACCGUAGUCUUCUCUACUCUCUAGCAGGGGCUGGAGGAUUUGUAGUUAUGCUUGCAUUAGGUCUUCUCCCUGAGUUUGCUGAACAGUUCAGUAUUAUAAACUUCACAGAUGAUUUCAGAUCUUUACUUAUCAAGGUUCUGAUGCUUGAUGCUGGAGCUGCCUAUACUCUAGACAGAGUUCUUCUCUACCUAGCUGGAGAUUGUAAACUCAAGAUUAGGGUUUAACUCGCCAGUUUGCAGUACAGUACACAGAAUAGAACGCAGUGCAAUACAGUUUUCUCUACAUAGCUGGAGAUUGUAAACUCAAGAUUGGGAUUUAACUCGUAGUUGACAGUACAGUACGUAGUACAAUUACCAAGUUCAGUCUGCAGUACAUUACUUAGAAUAGUACGCAGUACAGUACAUACAACUAGAUCUAAUAAUUAGAUUAUUUUUGUACUGUAUGGACAUUUAACUGUAUGCACACUGUACAAUGUACUGUACAAUUAAAUGUUGAAAGUUAAAGAAAGGUCGUCAAACGAAUUUAAGGACAGUUAUCAUCCUUCGUCUAUUCUACGUUCUAUUCUAUAAACCUCUCGUCUCACGUCUGACGUCUGUUAAACUAGUUCUGGCAGUUAUUUAUUUAUGUAUUUAUUUUAUCCAUGUUUACCAUCUUUUAAAAGUACAGUGUACAGUUUAGUACUCGGUUGUUGGAAACUCUCAGUCAGGACUUAGGAUCCAUUUCAUUUUUUCCGAUUCCGGAUCCAAGGAGCCAAUAUUUUAAGGAUUCAGCAAAUCCUAAUCCGGAUCCAAGGAGCCAAUAUUUUAAGGAUUCAGCAAAUCCUAAUCCGGAUCCAAGGAGCCAAUAUUUUAAGGAUUCAGCAAAUUCUAAUCCGGAUCUUAAGCACUGUUUUUCACUGUACACCACAUAAACUUUAUUCUGUAUGUACAAUGUACAUUGUACAGAAAGGUUGAAACAUGCAUUGUUAUUAAUUGAACUGUGAUGUCUGGGUAUUAGGUAGGUAGUUGGUCACUUUAUUUGAUUUUGUAUCUGUGAUUAAAUGUUUGGUGUAAAGUAUCACUUUAACAAAAUAAUUGUUAUUUCUAUUUCUAGA